AUGGCUUUGAUUUUCGGAAUGCAAAUGUUGCAGAAUGUUUUCUUUACAAAAAAUGGAGGAUCGAGGAUGUCUUGCAGCUACAUAGCCUUGGUAGAAAGCAUAGAUGUUGUAAACAACAUCAGCUGGCCUCAUCUGAUCCGCAAACACAUGAUGCAUGGUAUUGAGAAAUCGAAUGACGAUUACAGAAAGAUCGAUGGAUGCGCAUUUUAUCUCUUGCCAAAUUUUGGUUGUCAAGUUGUGAAUGGCUUGGAGAAUAACCUGAUAACUCCACUUCAUGUGAUGUCCCAAGUGGAAAAGUUGAAUGAGAGGAUUAGACAACUUCAAGCUGAAGUAGAUGAUCAGAAACAAAAAACAAGUGUAAUAAACGUAAAGCUUCGUGAAAUGCAGAAGUGUUCAAGCGAGGAUCCAAAAGAGUUUGAAAUAGUGCGGAAGAUUUUAGAAGAUAUCUUGGAACAAGACAAAGGGAAGACACUUAUAGAACAAGAAAAAGAUGAUAGUGAUCCACACAGAGAACAUGAGCAUCAUAUCCAUAAAAAAGUGAAUAACCUAAAAUAUAUACAAAACAAUGAAUCUGGUUCACACCGCGAACAUGAUCCUAUCUUAAGUCAACCGACCCAACAGAAUAAAGAAACACACGUGUCGCUGGAGAACAAAAAAAAAAAGGAAGAGGAGCAUCAAAAAAAGAUGGAAGAAUUGGCUAAAGAAAAUGAGAAGGAAGAAGAGGAACAAAAAAUGCGUGAAAUGCUGGAGAAACAAAGAAUGGAAGAGGAGGCACGAAAAAACCAAGAAUUACUAGAGCAGCAAAAAAGAGAAGAAGAGGAAGAAAAACAACGUUUACUGGAAAUACAACAAAGGGAACAAGAAGAGCGUGAAGCGUAUCUUCAACAGGUUGAAUGCCAAGUGAGAAAAAUAUCGUUCAAUUGGCAUCCUAAUAAAACUGUGAACUUGCCAGUAAUGGAACAAGAUGAAUUAGAAGUGAAACUACAAGUUCUAUCUCUUUUAUUGGCAGUAGGAUACAAAACGGGUGAGUAA